AUGACGGAUACCGAAUCCGAUGAUGGCAUGAUGGAGGAGACUGGAUAUGUAGCAGCUAUCUGCCCACCCCUGGUUCAAGGGAACACGAGUUUCCAUGUCAAUAACACCAUGUUGCACCUGCUCAACACUAACGGCCUAUUCGGAGGUCUACACUCUGAUGACCAGAAUAGGUACCUUAUGAACUUUAUUGGGAAGAAGCGGGCAAGUGUUGAAAAACCUAUUGUUAUUGAAGAAGUGCCGGAAAAUAAUGAAGCUUCAAAAAGCAAGGAAGUGGUUAAAGAGGUACCAAGGGCUUUACCACAUGUUCUGAAGCCUUCUCCCCCAUUUCUUCAAAGGCUAGCAAAGAAGGCGGAUGAUGGCAAAUUUAUAAAGUUCAUUGAAAAAUUGAAACAACUCUCUAUCAACAUCCCAUUGUUGGAAGCCCUUGAAAAAAUGUCGGGGUAUGCUAAGUUUAUAAAAGAUCUUGUCACAAAGAGGAGGCAAACUAACGCGAGAUGUUACCAUCAUUGUAGCUCCAUCGUUACAAAGGCUUUAGUUCAAAAGAAGAAGGACCCCAGAGCUUUUACUAUUUCAUGUACCAUUGGGGCAUAUAAAUUUUCCAAAGCUUUGUGUGACCUUGGUGCAAGUAUCAAUUUGAUGCCGCUUGCAAUAUUCAAUAAGUUAGGCUUGGGCACUUCCCGACCCACAACAUUGAGGUUACUAAUGGCGGAUCGAACCGUGAAGAGGCAGGUUGGAAUUCUCGUUGAUGUGCUUGUUAUGGUGGACCGUUUCAUAUUUCUGGCCGACUUUGUUAUAUUGGAUUGUGUGGUUGACUUUGAGGUCCCCAUUAUCUUGGGGAGACCAUUCCUAGCCACUGGUCGAGCUCUUAUUGAUGUUAAAAGGGGUGACUUCAAAUUACGGAUGAAUAAUAAGCAAAUCACAUUCCAUAUUUAUAAAUCAAUGAAGCAACCGGCGGAUAUGAGCGCGUGUCGGUGA